AAAAUAAUGACCAAUUUGGGCUCACAUGAUAUACAUUCACGUUUAGAAGAACAACUGAUUGAUGGUAUUCUCUAUGCAUUUCAAGAACAGACAACAGAAGAUUCGGUGAUAUUAAAUGGUUUUGGUGCUGUUGUAAAUACAUUGGGAAAACGUUGUAAACCAUAUUUACCACAGGUAUGUGGUACAAUAUUGUGGCGAUUGAAUAAUAAGGCGGCCAAAGUACGACAACAAGCAGCUGAUCUUAUAGCAAAAAUAGCUAAUGUGAUGAAACUUUGUACUGAGGAAAAAUUAAUGGGUCAAUUGGGUCUUGUAUUAUAUGAAUAUCUUGGUGAAGAGUAUCCAGAAGUAUUGGGUAGUAUUUUGGGUGCAUUGAAAGGUAUCGUGAAUGUUAUUGGUAUGACAAAUAUGACACCACCAAUUAAAGAUUUAUUACCACGUUUGACACCAAUAUUGAAAAACAGACAUGAAAAAGUACAAGAAAAUUGUAUUGAUUUAGUUGGACGAAUAGCUGAAUUGGGAGCUGAACACGUAGCCGCACGAGAAUGGAUGCGUAUUUGUUUUGAAUUAUUAGAAUUAUUAAAAGCACAUAAAAAAGCUAUCAGACGUGCAGCUGUAAAUACAUUUGGUUAUAUAGCAAAAGCCAUUGGACCCCACGAUGUUUUGGCAACAUUGUUGAACAAUUUAAAAGUGCAAGAGAGACAAUUGAGAGUUUGUACAACGGUUGCUAUAGCUAUUGUAGCAGAAACAUGUUCACCGUUUACAGUUUUGCCGGGUCUGAUGAAUGAAUAUCGUGUACCUGAAUUAAAUGUACAGAAUGGUGUUCUAAAAGCAUUAUCAUUUAUGUUUGAGUAUAUUGGUGAAAUGGGAAAAGAUUAUAUUUAUGCUGUAACACCAUUACUUGAAGAUGCUCUUAUAGAUCGUGAUUUGGUUCACCGUCAAACAGCAAUGUCAGCAAUAGGACAUAUGUCACUUGGAGUUUAUGGUUUUGGUUGCGAAGAUGCAUUGGCACAUUUAUUAAAUUAUGUAUGGCCAAAUAUAUUUGAAACAUCGCCACAUGUUAUCCAAGCAUUUAUUUCAGCGUGUGAAGGUCUAAGAGGUUUAUUUCAUCCAGCACGGAAAGUUCGAGAUGUUUAUUGGAAAGUAUAUAAUACAUUGUACAUUGGUGCGCAAGAUUCUCUUAUUGCAGCCUAUCCACGGAUUGUGGACGACAUUAGAGGUAGCGAACUUGAAGGAAUAACGAAUGGUAAUUCUGUUUCUGUUAAAACGGAAAAAUCUGAUGAAUACAGAAAUACUUAUACGAGAUAUGAACUCGAUUAUGUUCUGUAA